CCGCGAGAAAUAUUUCCUUUUUUAAGUUUUAAGUUUAAAGCUACCUGAUGAAUUUUGGCUGAGCAUGUCGUAAGAACCAAAAAUAAUUCGUUGAACUUUCAGUAGCUAAUUAAAGUGCCUUCAUAAAACGGCAAAAAGUAGCGUUUUGAUAGUUGAUUUGGGUUCUUUUAUGGAAUUUUCAAGUCUUGGUAUUUCUUUUCCGGCUUUUCUGUACAUUAUUGCCACUGCAAAUUACAUCAUAUUUUUAUUUAUUACGGUAGAUAGCCAUAAGCUCAUGUUCUAUGCUUCAUAGUUGAGAAAUAAUGGUUUUCUCUUUUUGUUUGCAAAUAAAUUGGAACUAAUUUUUUUCGGGUAAAUUUACUUGUUACAGUAACAGUUGAAAAGUCAAAAUAUUCAAAAUGGAGCAGUAUGAAAUUCUAGAGCAGAUUGGGAAAGGGUCUUUUGGUUCUGCUCUUCUUGUGAGGCAUAAGCAUGAAAAGAAGAAAUAUGUCCUAAAGAAAAUUCGCCUUGCUCGGCAGACUGAUAGGGCUCGUAGAUCUGCUCAUCAGGAGAUGGAGCUUAUUUCUAAGGUGAAGAAUCCUUUUAUUGUGGAAUAUAAAGAUUCCUGGGUAGAAAGGGGUUGCUAUGUUUGCAUAAUUAUAGGAUACUGUGAAGGAGGAGAUAUGGCAGAAGCUAUAAAAAGAGCCAAUGGUGUGCAUUUCUCUGAGGAGAAACUUUGCAAGUGGCUAGUUCAGCUCCUAAUGGCACUUGAUUACUUGCAUGCCAAUCAUAUUCUUCAUCGUGAUGUCAAGUGCUCAAAUAUUUUUUUGACAAAAGAACAAGACAUACGUCUAGGUGAUUUUGGUCUUGCUAAAAUGUUGACUUCUGAUGACCUUGCUUCAUCUGUUGUGGGAACUCCUAGUUAUAUGUGCCCCGAGCUACUUGCGGAUAUACCUUAUGGUUCUAAGUCAGACAUUUGGUCUUUAGGAUGCUGCCUGUAUGAAAUGACUGCUCACAAACCAGCAUUUAAAGCAUUUGAUAUGCAAGCUCUGAUUAACAAAAUAAAUAGGUCUAUAGUGGCUCCUUUACCUACCAUGUACUCUGGUGCACUUCGAGCACUUAUAAAAAGCAUGCUACGCAAGAAUCCAGAACUUAGACCAAGUGCUUCGGAGUUGCUCACUCACCCACAUCUUCAGCCUUAUGUUCUCAGAAUUCAUCAGAUAUUGAAUAGCCCUCGAUCUGGCAAUUUCCCCACUCGGUGGUCAGAUUCAAAUUUCUUAAAGAAAACUAGAUUUCUGGAGCAAGAUGUCAAAGGCAGAAGGAAAUCGUUCAGCAACGACAGAGCUUUGAACCCCAGUGUAUCUGAAGCUGAACUAGACUCCUUUAGUUAUGUUCAAAGAGAGCAAGAUAUUCCAAGUUAUUUGUUUGAAAAAUUCACGGAAUUUUCUGUUAACAUUGACGAAUUCAAUGAAGAGAUUACAAUUGACAAGUCAACAGCGACAAUGUUUCCCACUAACGUGAAGACCCCAAGAUUGACGCCUGCAGUGUCUGUCACUCAGAGGAAACAUAUAACACCAGCUAAGAAAUCCCAGACUGGUCAUCGACAUGAUCUGGUUCCAAUAUCGAAAACUCCAGCAAGGAAAUCAUCCUACUCGUCUCGCCGAGAGUCUCUUCCAUUGACAACAAGGACUGCAGCCUUGAUGACCCCCUAUAGAGCCAAUGUUGGUUUGCUUCAUAGGAUCGACUCCCCAGAUGUUUCUGUGAAUGCCCCACUAAUCGACAAAAUCGCAGAAUUCCCUUUAGCUUCUUCCGAGGGUCCCCUUUUACAUGUUCAUGGAACCUCAUCGACAUCGGCAAAGUGCUCUUCUUCAUCAAUGGAAAGUUCCAACCUUUCUAUAAUGAAGGACAAGUGUACAGUCCAAACUCUAGACAAAGUUGUAACAACAUCCAACGGCAGUGAUGAAAGCCUUGGAGUUGGACGAGAUGGUGGUGAAGGCUUGGAAAAUAAUCGUGCAGCUGCAGCACGUCAUUCAUUUGAGUCGCGACAGAGACGGUUCGACACCUCAUCGUACCGGCAGCGAGCAGAGGCAUUAGAAGGGUUGCUCGAGUUCAGUGCAAGGCUCUUACAACAUCAAAGGUACGAUGAGCUCGGGGUGCUUUUGAAGCCAUUUGGAACCGAGAAAGUGUCCCCUAGGGAAACUGCCAUCUGGUUGGCUAAGAGCUUCAAGGAGACCCAAGUCUAAAGGUAAAAUGCCCUAUGCUUCGAUGUGAGCAGGAGCCCCUCUUAACUCCAGCUGGUGUAAUUGGUGAUGUGGAUUUGUGUUUGAGAUAUGCAGUUUCUGUGGAAAAUUAGAGAAAUGGAAUUUUUCUGAAAUUGUAUGCAUUGUAUAAUCAGACC